AGUCAUGGACUUGGCCACAUUUCAGAGUAAGCUCCUGGACAAAUCACGCAUCAACUUUUCAGUUAUUAUAUUUAACCGUUAUAUGGCUUACAGUAACCUACAUCGGAGAACUUUUCCAGUGCAUGAGCUCGUCUCGCGCGCGAGGAUCCUGUGCUCUGAUCAUCAUCAUCAUCAUCACCCGCAGGCGCUACUAUUUUCUCUUUGCGCAACACGUAUUAUCAUGCUUGGUCAAUCGAAAUAAAACGGAAUCCUUUUUAUUUGUACGUAAAAUUGUGCAGCUCAACAUCCUGAAGACGCCACAGAAGAUGACAUUCGAUCACGUGACAUUCGAUCAGCUGACUUCUUUGACGCUGAGGAAGACGACUGACAGCAUUAUGAUAAAAUUUCUCGAAAAACUACCAUCUGAAGAAUGUCCUAAACUCAUACACAGGGUCGUGGAUGGGGUGUGCAGCCGAAGUGGUCCGAGGCGAACAGAUUACGGUGAACGGUGGAGUCUGACAGAAUGGGUGGAGUUAAUGAACACUCUCUCCUCUUUUAUCCGCUUUGCUGUAGGAAGGGGCUGUUCAGAUCAAGAGAUCCAGGAGCUGCUGAGUGAUUUGGACACGGCACAUGCUGAGGCUGUUCUCCAGUGUGUGCGCUCCAGGUUUGAUGAGAUCAGACAUGCUUUGGUGGACAGAACCAAUGGUAUCUCAAGCACACAGCUUCAGGACUUCAACUGGCAGUUAAAGCUGGCAUUGUCCAGCGACAAGCUGUCAGCUUUAAAUACUCCUCUGCUAAAUCUCAGUCUGGACCUGAAGGAGAAUGGAAUUCAGAGGUCGGUGAAUAUAGAAAUGAACAAAGAGGAGCUGCAAACUCUCAUCAGUGCACUAGAGGCUGCUAAUAAGGUUGUUUUGCAGUUGAAAUGAAGAUACCAACCAAAGAUGGUUCUGUGCCAUCAUACUUCCAUAGAGAGGAUUUCUAAGGUCUGUAUUAUGAGACAAUGCCUGCAUGUGGGCAAACAGAAACCUUACGGACAGAACCGGGAACCUGUCGGUGUCUCUACAUGAGGUGUUCAUGAAAGACUGAAUAUUAUUGUUCAAGCUCCAUCAGUAUGGACCACAGUUGAAUUGAAGUUGCCUAAGUAAUGGUGGCAGGGUAUUUUGAGGCUGAGUAUUUUGUACCAUGAAAAGCCAAAUGCCUGCCACAGAAAUCUCCAUGAUUUCUCCAUGAAAUGCAAAUGCAUUUUGAUUUCACACCCCAAAAGGUUGCCUUUCUAAAUAAAGUAACUAAAAACAUUAAAUGUCAA